AUGAGACAUGACAACGACGUCCGCGUUCUGGACUCGCUCUACGAGCUCUUGAUGGAUGUAGUAAACACGAUGAGGGCACAAAAGAGGAAGGAACAGGUAGAGAAAGAGGAAAAGGGGAAAGGAGGGAACAGAGGAGCAGUGGAGGAGGAAGAAGGAGGAAGGAGAGACGAGGAAUCCAACAAGAUCAUUAACACGGCUGGUGCUCUGAACUCCUGGAACACUAAUACAACAUAUCAACACCAGCAGCAACCACACAACAAACAUACACCCAAGACGUCAGCAGCACUCGCAAGACGUCAGCAGCACUCACAAGACGUCAGCAGCACUCACAAGACGUCAGCAGCACUCACAAGACGUCGGCAGCACUCACAAGACGUCAGCAGCACUCACAAGACGUCAGCAGCACUCACAAGACGUCGGCAGCACUCACAAGACGUCAGCAGCACUCACAAGACGUCGGCAGCACUCACAAGACGUCAGCAGCACUCACAAGACGUCGGCAGCACUCACAAGACGUCAGCAGCACUCGCAAGACGUCAGCAGCACUCACAAGAUGUCAGCAGCACUCACAAGACGUCAGCAGCACUCACAAGACGUCGGCAGCACUCACAAGACGUCAGCAGCACUCGCAAGACGUCAGCAGCACUCACAAGAUGUCAGCAGCACUCACAAGACGUCAGCAGCACUCACAAGACGUCAGCAGCACUCACAAGACGUCAGCAGCACUCACAAGACGUCGGCAGCACUCACAAGACGUCAGCAGCACUCACAAGACGUCAGCAGCACUCACAAGACGUCAGCAGCACUCACAAGACGUCGGCAGCACUCACAAGACGUCAGCAGCACUCGCAAGACGUCAGCAGCACUCACAAGAUGUCAGCAGCACUCACAAGACGUCAGCAGCACUCACAAGACGUCAGCAGCACUCACAAGACGUCAGCAGCACUCACAAGACGUCGGCAGCACUCACAAGACGUCAGCAGCACUCACAAGACGUCGGCAGCACUCACAAGACGUCAGCAGCACUCACAAGACGUCGGCAGCACUCACAAGACGUCAGCAGCACUCACAAGACGUCGGCAGCACUCACAAGACGUCAGCAGCACUCACAAGACGUCAGCAGCACUCACAAGACGUCAGCAGCACUCACAAGACGUCAGCAGCACUCACAAGACGUCAGCAGCACUCACAAAACGUCAGCAGCACUCACAAGACGUCAGCAGCACUCACAAGACGUCAGCAUCACUCAAGACGUCAGCAGCACUCACAAGACGUCAGCAGCACUCACAAGACGUCAGCAGCACUCACAAGACGUCAGCAGCACUCACAAGACGUCAGCAGCACUCUAGACGUCAGCAGCACUCACAAGACGUCAGCAGCACUCACAAGACGUCAGCAGCACUCACAAGACCAUCACACAAGAGGUCAGCAUCACACAAGAGGUCAGCAUCACACAAGAGGUCAGCAUCACACAAGAGGUCAGCAUCACACAAGAGGUCAGCAUCACACAAGAGGUCAGCAUCACACAAGAGGUCAGCAUCACACAAGAGGUCAGCAUCACACAAGAGGUCCGCAUCACACAAGAGGUCAGCAUCACACAAGAGGUCAGCAUCACACAAGAGGUCAGCAUCACACAAGAGGUCAGCAUCACACAAGAGGUCAGCAUCACACAAGAGGUCAGCAUCACACAAGAGGUCAGCAUCACACAAGAGGUCAGCAUCACACAAGAGGUCAGCAUCACACAAGAGGUCAGCAUCACACAAGAGGUCAGCAUCACACAAGAGGUCAUCACACAAGAGGUCAGCAUCACACAAGAGGUCAGCAUCACACAAGACGUCAGCAUCACACAAGAGGUCAGCAUCACACAAGAGGUCAGCAUCACACAAGAGGUCAGCAUCACACAAGAGGUCAGCAUCACACAAGAGGUCAUCACACAAGAGGUCAUCACACACAAGAGGUCAGCAUCACACAAGAGGUCAGCAUCACACACAAGACGUCAGCAUCACACAAGACGUCAGCAUCACACAAGAGGUCAGCAUCACACAAGAUCACACAAGUCAGCAUCACACACAAGAGGUCAGCAUCACACAAGAGAGCAUCACACAAGUCAGCAUCACACAAGAGGUCAGCAUCACACAAGAGGUCAGCAUCACACAAGAGGUCAGCAUCACACAAGAGGUCAGCAUCACACAAGAGGUCAGCAUCACACAAGAGGUCACACAAGCAUCACACACAAGAGGUCAGCAUCACACACAAGACAUCACACAAGAGGUCAGCAUCACACAAGAGGUCAGCAUCACACAAGAGGUCAGCAUCACACAAGAGGUCAGCAUCACACAAGAGGUCAGACAUCAGCAAGAGGUCAGCAAGAAGAGGUUCAUUGACCAUGAUUAG